UAGAAUCUCAAUCUUCCCCAACUACAUAGUAGUAUACGAACCCUCGACUGCACCACCAAUCACCACCGGCCGGCGUACACGAUGAGAACCAGGUAUCCGUUUUUGAUCUGCUCGUUGCUCCUUCUGAACCUCUGCCUUUUCAUCGCGACGCCGUCGUCUGCUUUCCAGUCCGACGAGCUCCUCCUCGACGACGAUGAAUUCGGCCUCGAAGGUGGCCGAUCUCCCGAUCCGUUGACCGUAACCCGACCCGUUUCAACUCAAUCGCCAACUCGCAGGCGGUCGUCCGACUCGACGUCGGAUCCGGACUCAAAAAUCCAGUUCACACUCGAACACGCGUUCGGAGACUCGGAUUUCUCACCCGCCGGGACAUUCUCCGCUCGACUCAAGACGUCGGCGCACGGCGGCCAGACGCUUACGAAGUUGAGGUUCUCGAGGAAUGACUUCAGUGAGACGGAGAAGUAUAACUUCAAAAAACUUUUGGAAGGAGACGAGUUCUAUAGAAUAAGACUACCAUCAAAUGUGUUAACCGCAUCUGGGAGAGAGCAGAUUAUCUCAUCUGUCAAGGCGCGAUGUCUAUCACCGCGGGAUGCAUUGGACGAGCAUUUUGUUAUACACAUGGAGGGUGUAAAUAUAUUGGGCGUCAAUUAUGGUUCCCCAGGAUCAUGCCCAUAUCCCCGUCAAUUGAAACUUCCUUCAAAGUGGUCUUUUAAGUCGCACACGGUCUUGAAGUACAGCGAUCAGGCUCCUAGAACCCCAGUAUUUACCGAAGAAAGUGUUGGUGAGAAUGGAGAAGGUGAAGAGGUGAAGCCACCAGAGAAGGCCUUCUGGGCUAAAUACUGGAUGUACUUGAUCCCUCUUGGGCUCAUUGUCAUGAAUGCAAUGACUCAAGCCAUGAACAUGGCUGAGGAACCUGGUACCGGGCAACCAGGCUCGCAACCUCAACAAGUAGUUGCAGGACGUGGUCAAGCUACUGCAGUCCGAAGAAGAUGAUCUAUUCUUACAGACGUAUGAUAAAGCAUAUCUUCCGGUUUUCGCCGCUAUAUAUGGAAAACAUAUUGUUGAAUUUGAACUGGAAAUACUUCACCGAAGUUUCCUCCUACAAUCAAGCAGCAGUUCCGUAUUCAUCAUUGAAGGGCCGUUUGCAGUGUUAUUUGUUAGUUUCUUCUUCAAAACGGACCACCAUUGUCGUUUUGCUUUGAAUUUUUUUUUUAUUUUUUUGGUUUGCAGUGGAUUAGAACAAUGUACACUUCUUUUACACGAACUGCUGUGAGAGAGAGUGGGUAGAUAUAAUAUAUACUUGUUUAGACAAGAUGAAACUCUGCAUUCAGUAGUUUGGUCGAUUUGUACUACUAAUUAUUCUUGACUAUGUAACUAGACAAAUGCAACAUUGGCUUUGUUUCUUCUCUGGUCUCCGAGAAA